GCCAAUAUUGGCAGAAAAAUCAAAGAUGGCAAUUACAAGUUAUAUUUUGCUUAGCCUGCUACUUGUGCUGGGCUUAGUAGAGACUACUAGUGUAGCUUUUUCAGGCAACUAUGAUCCUGUUUCUCUUAACCAGAGCAGUUUUCCGGCAGGUUUUCUUUUCGGGACCGCAUCAGCGGCUUACCAGUAUGAAGGUGCAGCAAAUGAAGGUGGUAGAGGACCAAGUAUUUGGGAUACUUACACUCAUAGAUAUCCAGGUAAAAUACUGGAUGGUAGCACUGGAAAUGUGGCUAAUGAUGCAUAUCAUAAAUACAAGGAAGAUGUUGGGAUUAUGAAAGAGAUGGGCUUAGACGCUUACAGAUUUUCUAUAUCAUGGUCUAGAAUAUUGCCAAAAGGCAAACUAAAUGGAGGAGUGAACAAAGAGGGUAUCAAAUACUACAACAACCUCAUCAAUGAGCUUCUAGCCAAUGGCAUUAAACCCUUUAUAACUCUCUUCCACUGGGAUCUUCCCCAAGCUUUAGAAGAUGAAUAUGGUGGGUUUCUUAGUUACAAGAUUGUGGAUGAUUUUCGAGACUAUGCAGAGAUAUGUUUUAAAAAAUUUGGAGACAGAGUGAAGCAUUGGAUCACAUUAAAUGAACCAUCGAGCUACAGUAAUGGUGGAUAUGCGAUGGGAUAUCUUGCACCAGGUAGAUGUUCGAGUUGGCUACAAUUGAAUUGUACAGGCGGCGAUUCAGCAACCGAGCCAUACAUUGUAACUCAUAAUCAGCUUCUUGCUCAUGCUGCUGCAGUCAAAUUAUACAGGGCAAAUUAUAAGGCAAAGCAGAAGGGGAUAAUAGGGAUUACUUUAGUAUCACAUUGGUUCAUACCCUACUCAAAUGCCAAGCAUCACCAAAAUGCUGCAAAAAGAGCUAUUGAUUUUAUGUUCGGAUGGUUUAUGGAUCCGAUAUCAAAUGGCGACUAUCCGCACACAUUAAAAUCUCUUGUUGGAAAUAGAUUACCAAAAUUUUUAGAGGAGCAAUCCAAAAUGGUUAAAGGGUCAUUUGAUUUUCUUGGAUUGAACUAUUAUACUGCUAAUUAUGCAGCAUAUGUACAUUACUCUAAUGCUAUUAAUGCUAGCAUUUUAACUGAUUCUCGUGCCAAUCUAUCAAGUGAGCGCAAUGGAAUUCCAAUUGGCCCUAAGGCGGCUUCAGAUUGGCUCUAUGUUUAUCCAAGGGGAAUUAGAGAUCUUUUGCUCUACACCAAAAAUAAGUACAAUAAUCCACUUAUUUACAUCACUGAAAAUGGAAUUGACGAGGUCAAUAAUGCUGCAACUUUAACACUUGAAGAGCAACUUGCUGACAAUAUGAGGAUCGAUUAUUACUAUAGCCAUCUUUCUUUCCUUAAAAAAGCUAUCAAGGAUGGUGCGAAUGUGAAGGGGUAUUUUGCAUGGUCAUUACUGGAUAAUUUUGAAUGGAGUAAUGGCUACACUGUCCGUUUUGGAAUCAAUUAUGUUGAUUUUAAAGAUGGAUGUAAGAGAUAUCCCAAACUUUCAGCUCACUGGUUCAACAAAUUCCUCAAGAAAUAGAUUAGAAUAUCUGUAGUAUUUUAUUGCGAAGUUUGUUUUUAGACAUUUAUGAAAACUUAGCAACGGUAUUUUACUGGCUAAUAAUAAAAACAAAUAAAGGUACAAUUAAUGUAUUGUCUUCCAGUAAUAAUGCAGAAGUCACCUUUUAUA